CCUCUUUAGAGUAAGAAUUGUAGAUGUUUCAAUUCAGCGCCGCUUUCAAAAUAACUGUAUCGAAAAGGGACAACGGAUGGUUGAAGUCUUGUCUCCGAUUCGUUCCUGAACUUUUCAUUGAUCCGUCAUCGCCAUGGCGGAAGAGGAGGAGGGGCUUCUGUCGAUGACAUCAUCAGCGAACCUGACUGUGAAUCCAUUCGACACUGUGAGCCUGGACAGCAUGCAUCUCCCUGCGUUCAGCCCAUCGGUAUUCAAGCCCAGUCAGGACACACCCUGCAGCAAGAAGAAGAGUGGAUUCCGCUGGUCCAUCGAUCAGAUGUCCCUGCUCUACCCGGCUGAUAUUGACGAGUUACCACGACAACAGGACGCAUCCUUCAUCCCAAAAGAGAAAGAGGAGCAAGUACAGGAGGCUAUAAAUCAGUUUUUCUCUCAGAAAGUAGUAGUCCCAUCACCAUGGUCUCAGUCUAAACCCAUGAAGCAAGUCACGUUCUCACCUAAACCUCCAUCAGUCAGCAUUCUGAGUGAACACUCCGCUGAGAAUUCCAUCUGUUCGUCAACGAAUGGAUCCUUCCUUGGAAGUGUAUCGGGAAAAUGCGAUGUGAGUUGUCAGACGGCCAUCACGCUCCCUCUCAAUUUCGAUUUAGAGUCCUUUCUCGGUAAGGGUCGCUUCAUGUACACCAAGUCCAGCGUGGAGUCCUUCCCCGUGGCUCCCCUGAGACGCAAGCUCUUUACCCAGAGCGAGUCCAGCUCCAACGGCCUUCCCUCUGCCAGCCCUCUAUCAGUGAGCAGCAGAGAGAGCGGACCGUUCUCACCCUCUAUCUCACCCAUCAAGUCUAGCCAGGAGAGCAGUCCUGCGGAGUACGGCCAUGUACCAAAGACACCAAGUUCUGUUGAGAGCCAGUUUUCUUCCAGUCCUAUCGCUCGUUUCAGGACCACUCCACUUCGACCAGUCCCUCAUGUGCAACACCAAGCAUCACCUCUCUGUGGCAAAAUGGAAUCUCCCUUGAUGUCACCCAUAAGAGAAGUCCCACAAGGUCUCCCACCCAGCCCUAUUUCACACAGCCCUGUUGAAUCACUGAGUAACGGUGACCAUAUCUCACCCUUAGUCAUCAAGGGCACCUCACUGUACCAACCACCACGGCCUUCUGAGAACAUGAUGGAAACCAGUCUUUCCAAAGCGGGUAUUCUAGAAUUCAGACCCCAGAUGGCCGAUGUAGGGAGAGACGGAGGAGAAAAAGAAGGGAUGGAGGGAAGGACAAAACUCUCGCCCAAUCUGAGAGGGAUUUCUGAAAACGAAAGAGAGGGGGAGGGAGAGAUGGACAGAAGACAGGAAUCAUUGAUGAAAGUGUUUGAUAGGAGUGACAGAGAGGAAGAAUUUGAUCAUGGAUCGAUAGAAGAGUUCGAUGAAAAUGUCGGAGAAGAACUGAUGGAAAGAAGGAAGGAUUUCACUCUUGGUUUGACAAGAGAGUUGAGCCCUAUACAGAAGAUUGGUGACCAUAUCUCAACGCUAGAUGAACCAGGUUGCUCAUCAAGACUACAUGGUACUCAAGAAGAGAGCAGUAUGGAUACCAGUCUCAUGAGUAACAGGGGUCAAUUGAGGGAGAACAUUCAUGCAAGCAGUCCACCAAGAAAGAAUAUUCCAUGUGACUUCUCAUUAGAAGCCAGCACUGCUCUUAGCCCUAUCCCAAAGACUAGUGACCUACCACUCUCCCUACCGCUCUCCCCAGUCAGGGCAGGGGCAGACGAGACCAAAGACGGGGUCAAGAUCCAGUCUUUCCGACCCAAGGGGUGCCACAAGAUGGUCUCCUUUCACAUCGGGACAGAGUUCAGCCCCAUCCGAUGUGCAGAGAGUGGUAGUCACCACAUCUUGGGACAAACCUUGCCCAUCACGUCAUCUCGAGUGCAUGAGAGCAACACAGAGCUGUUGAUGGAAACCAGUCUCUUUUCUUUUGAUGGACAAGAAGAGGCAGAGGGUGAUCGAUCAGAGAGAGUAGAGAAUCUUGGGGCAGAUACAGAUCCAGGUGGUAUGAUGAUUAAGGUCGUGAGGACAAGCCCUCAAGAAGAUGUCGCAGGGUCAAAGUUGUUGGACAAUGUAUCAAGAGGAACUAAAGAUGUUCACAAGGAAAAGGAAUAUUUAGAGUCAAGUCGUGAUGAGCUUAGACAAAAGUAUGUGAAAACAGCAUCCCAGGAUGUCAUGGAAAGGGAAGGUAUGGAUCAUCCCCUUUUACAUGAAUGUAAGGACAGUUGUGUUUCCAAUUCAGCUGAUGAUGGGGCCUUUCGGCAUCCUCCUGAGAAUCUCAAGAUGUUUUUGAGAACUUCAAGUAUCCGGGACGGUGCCACCUCCAGCUGCUGCAGGCCAUACGAGCCAUGUGACCAUUCCAGCGCGUGCUGGGUAGCGGAUUCAAACUCCUCUUCUCUAAAGGGUGAGGCACUUCUAGGAGAACGAUCGUUUCCGCUCCAGAGCCCCAUGGUAUCUCCAACAUGCCUGACAUCAACGAUGCGAUACGGCACGCCAACUGUCAAUCCACCUUUUGGACUGCCUGCAAGAGGUGUCCAAAGUGCCACCCCAUCGAUGGACUUCAGUUCAGUCUCCUUGAUUGCAAAUGCUUCUUCUACGAAGGAAACCGUGCAAACGUGCGAAGAGGUAGAUCAUUCCACCGGCACAACCAGAGGACGGUUCCACCAGGAGUCUUCCAGAGACCUGAGGUUUGAUGAAGUGGACUUCUAUGAGAGGGUCGAGGACUGUUCGAUGCAAACGUCUUUCAGGAAAUCCGUUGCGUGCUCCAUGACAACCAGCAGGAGCUACGACUCUUUGCGGAAGUAUGCAGAGGAGAAAGCGAACACGAGUGUGCAAGAGGAUUGGCUGAUGACGUCGUUGUCGGAGGCAGAUCUGCAGAGUCACAGGUCUUCUGAGCUCCAGGAGAUGGUUCCUGGCGGAAGGGAAUCUGCAGGAACCGCUCCAGCAGGUUUGCUCCAACGUGGUGUGAACGAACUUGGUGCUGCAGCGCAACAGGGUCAUAACUCCCAUCCCGUCUUUCAGAGAAGUGCCUCAGACCCGCCCCAAGGGGCUGAAAUGCGAGAAGGAUCUAACUCCUUCGACUUUCAACCGAGUCAUCCAAUGGAGGAUAUGCAAGAAGGUAGCAUGUCUGUCCAUAACGAAACUCCUAACAUAGGUCACGCCACAGAACGUGGUAGUCUAUCCAGGCUAAACGUACAUCAGAAACUCUAUCUGAACACAAAUGUGCAAGAAGGACUCAUCUCAGGGGAUAUCAGCAAAACGGACGUAACUCCUCUGAGGCCUAUUUCGGUAAACCUACUCUCUCAUGUAACCAGAGCUGGAGUAGACAGUGGGUACAACACACACAGUGCAAAUGUUUCAAUGGAUAUUGGUGAUGUAGAGAACAGCUCCUGAAAAAUUAUAGGUUCCAUUAAGUCAUGAAGGGCUAUAAUUAGAUCUCGCUGAUAAUAACAUCUAUGUACAAUGUAAGAAUAAUGACAAAAAGCACUGGAUAAAAUGCAGACAUCAAGUUCUGAACUGAUGUCACAUCAAAGGAGCUAAAAUGGUUGGCUCUCAGUCUCUGAAAAUAUUUUCUAGGUCUGUCUUUUCGGGAAAGUCCACCAUGAUAUUGAGUUCAUUUUAAGAAUGAGAGAAACAUGUCAGAGAACGUUUGAGCAAAAAGAGAUUAAAAUUAAGAAAGUUAUGAAAUUUUGAAGGUGCGAUCAAUCAAAUACAAAUUGGCUACUCUGUGAUGUAUCUUGCAAGCUCCCAUCCAAUACGCCCUGUUUUAAAAAAAUCAUACAAAUCACCCUGAAUAUAAAUAUUUUCUAAACAUGAUUUUAUACAACUCCUGUAAGGGUUGUAUGAAAUUAAUUUAUAAAUCCAAUCCGUCAUUACUGGAAAAAAUGAAAGUUCUAUACAUUUUCAUGUCCCGAGCAAUUGGAGAGGGGCUCUAAUUAUUUAUAUCAGAGUGGUGCCGAUUUGUGUUUCACUGAUCACAACUUCAACAAUUCAUAACUUUCCUAUAACUAAUGUGAUUUUGCUCAAACCUUCACUAAUUUGAUUCUCUCAUUUUUCUGCUUUUAUUGAUUAACCAACUUAAUAUCGGGUAGACUUCACCUUGAAGAAAUUUGGUGGCCAAACGAUACCAUCAAGAUGAGCAAACCGUUCACAAUAAUAUGAUUACUGUUCAUAUACCCCUUGUAAAUUCAAUGUUUUUAUUUUUGUGUGUUUUUUGUAAUUCAAGAAUGAAAGGUGGACCAGUUAAAUUAAGGCCUUUGUUGUAUACUUCUAGAUGUAAGUGUUAAUAUGUCACAUUCUCAAGAAACAUAAAUAGGGACAAGUUAAAUUUUCACAUACUGUACUGUACUUUAAAAAUGACGAAACUUGGGUAGGAUAUGAAUAAUUUAGCUGUUAACUAUAAAUUCAUUGGAAUCUGACCUACAGCAGUGACUUUAAUUACCUUUUAUUUAUUCACAAGAAGGGAGUGAUUUAGAAGAACUUUUUGUAUCAGUUUGUAUCAGUUGUACAAUGUGUUAUACCUAGCUAGAAUUGACAGUAUAAUUUGAUAAUAAAACAGGGUAUUUUUUUCAAGUACAAAAGUAAAUUAGACUCUUCCCUCCACGUAUCCAUUUAUUUGCAUUGUCUUAGCUGCGUGCAUCUGACGCAAAGGCAACCUGAAUAUAAUCCAGAUGGUCUGACUCCAUAGGAUCGUAAAUUGUAUACAGGUGUAUAACAA